AGAGAUAAAAAUUGUAUUAUGGUUAAUCGUCUCUUCCCCGGACUGUGGUUGGACUGUUGUCUGCUUAUACCGCAAGAGCAGAAAAUCAAACCGAAACGCAUUGAGUAUGACAUGCGUGCACUGGAUCAUAAUCGGCCAGGCACAUUGGCUUUCUCGCUAGAUAAUCAGGAUGCUUUGCAUAAGGACGCCUUGAAAUUCUCCAUAAGUCUCAAGCCAUUGCAGGUGUUAAAUGGCAAACGUGUGGCCUUCGGUGUGGUGAGCAGUGGCACAAAGGUGUUGGACUCCAUGCAAGUCUUUGGCAUGAAGAAGAGUGGCAAGCUGACGAAGAGCAUCAUAAUUAGCGAUAUGGCUUUGCUAGUUUAGUGGUACGUGUUGCACCACUUUGUACAAAUAUUAAUUUCUAGUCUCUUUGUAAAUUAUUUGUAAAAAUUUAAAAAAUUCUAAAAAGA